AUCCCAAGAUAAAGACGGAGUUUGGAAAGAGUCACGAACCACAAUCUCCCAGCGGACAGAAUGUAUCAUCCCUUCGUCGUCACACUUUGGAACCAUCUCCUCGAGACAACUGACGUCUUAUCUCCUUCGUUGCACGGAGUUAGAUAUGUUGAUCGUUGCUCCGAAAUACCAGCACAUACAUGUUAAGUUUUUAGGAUUGUCUACAGGGCCAGAAGGAAGUAUUACAGUAUUUAUGAGCCACGAAAACACGCAACCAGUAUGGUAUAUCGCGCCUAAUUCCUCCACAACUGAAGAUAUACCACCAGUUUUCAUUUCUCACCAGCGUUUCAUGCUACUGAAGUUUCACUCGUGCGCGGAGUGCAACGUUUCGGCGACAUUCUACUCUCUUGGUGGAACCAACGGGUGCAACGAAACAGUGAAUCACUCAUCAGGUUCCUUUGAAAGUACACGUUUUUCUGAGGUGGACUAUACGCCGAAAGAUUGUUUUUAUUGCAUAUUAGCUCCAUAUGGAGAUCACAUUCUUCUUUCUAUAGUACAGUAUGGUGACAGUAGUGAAUUGAAUUUAGAAAAUUUUACAGAGAACGUUUUGCAGGUUUAUGGUGCACUUGGUAACAAAGUGUUCAAAUUCUCUGGAGGUUUAAGUUCAGGUGAAACAAACCACAAUUUAAUUUCCCAAAGAAAUUCGUUGUUUUUAUAUAUCCAUUCAAACAGUGGUUUAAAUAACACGGGUUUCGUAUUAAAUUACACUACUGUUCCCGCGUGUGUUCACUCCAACAACUUCGAGGGAUCUUUGUGUAGCAGGGAAAUCUUUAAUAUUUUUCACAAGCGUACCAGCUGCCUGUUCAUCUUUGACGUGCUUUCCGAGUACAACAUAGAGAUUGGAUUUCCUCUCGCUUCGCGAAACGACGGGAAAACGUUUAGUUGCGGUGAAGAUUUUAUCGAAGUUCUGACAGAGAAAACACUUGUGAAACUCUGCAUAAACUCUACCAAUCAAUCAGAGUCUUUAAUGUUCCAUUCCGUCCGCGCCUGGAUGUUCGUGAGAGUCUAUUUAAAAAGAUAUUCGCUGUUAACGACAAGUUCUGGAGUCUUCUGCGUUAAGUAUAAAACAGCAGCUCUUAUCACGAGCUCAGAGAUAUGUCAGUAUCCCUGGGUGGCACGAGGAUAUUACUGUUACAGUUUGUUCGAACAAUCCAUGACUUGGGAAAACGCCAGUUCAUAUUGUUUGGACAAAGGAGGACAUCUGGUGACGAUAUCUGAUUUUGAGACUCAGCAAGUGGUCGAGGAGCUUAUAAGGUCCAAGUGGGUAAACUUGAGUAACAUGGCUUAG